AUGCCACUCAGAAUCACACCCAGCCACAAAGCCGUCUACGUGCCGUCAUCCGACACAGCACCCGACUCAUCCGACCUGUCCGAGCUAUCCGAAGACGACCAUCUCGAACCAGACGACUCUGACGACGACACCCUCUUCGACCAUACCGGCUACGAUAUCGGCCCCGCAAUAGCCACCAGACAUUUAAGUAUACACCAUUACAAUGUGAAGGAAUGGGAUACUCGAGACGCGUACCGGGAACUGUACAGACAUUGGAAACAAACAAUCACCAAAUCUUUCGCCGUAGAAGAUACCUUCCACCAUGAGCUGUCAGAAACCCAUAAUAAUAUCACAGUCAAGGCCCUAAUCCCCACCUGGCCCGGAUAUAUGGGUUUCAUCAGAUACAGCAAAAUAACAGGAACAGUCACGUUUAUUAAUGCCAAUGCCUACCUUCUUCAAUCCACCAAUACCCCAGAAGACAACAACACCGACGCCCUCUUCCAAUUCCAAAACGACCGACUCAAAGCCAUAGCAUACGUCCUACUCCUCUCAGGAUUCAACAUCCAAAUCACCUCCCGAAACCAUAUCUGGACAUUCAACCUAUCGCUCACUCCAGUUUCCUCCACGUCCCCAAGCAGAAACAUUCAAAGGAUAUCAUGUACCGUGAACACCCUAUCCCCAACCCACAACCCUAUCCCCCGCAACACCCUCACCAUAACCAUCAUCACCUCCCAAACCCUCCAACCACAAACCUUCCGCACCUGGCUCCGCACAUCCCUGUACCUAACCAACCCAUCCCCAUCCCAAAACAAAAACACAAUCCCCACCCCCCACGGCACCAUCCUCCUCUCCCCCACCAACUCCGGAACCCUCUACCUCAAGGGAAUCCUCCUGCCUGAGUGCAACUUUCCCCGAGGAAAAUACAAAUACGGAUAUAACUUCAACUACGGGAUAUCUACGACGAGCGGACGACGACUAGCCAGCCCGUUACAUGAGAUUGAUCUUAUCGGCUGUAUCUGGGAUGCGGCGAUUCGCGAGAAGCCCGUGUAUGCGGUGCCGAGGUUUGUGGAUAUGUUGUUGGAGGGUGGGGAUGGGGGGUCGUGGGUGGUUGAUGUUGGUGGUGGUGGUGGGAUGGGUGAUGAGGCGGUUGAGGCGGUUUGGUGGGCGAUUGUGGUUAGGGGGUAUUAUUGUUGUGAAGAGCUAGGUGGUAACCCCCGGUUCAAGCAACUCAACAGCUAA